AUGAAAAAUAUAAAAAUUGAUGGUGCUAUUCAUCUUCUUAAUAAUCAAGAAUUUGAAGAUGAGGAAAUCACAAGUUCUGAAGACGAAAUAAGCGAUAAUGAAUCAGUUAAAUCAUUUGAUGAAAAUGAAUUAGUUACUUUAGAUAAAAUAUUUGAUCAACCUGAUUUUUCGGAUGAAGAAUAUGAAGAAUAUGAUAAUAGUACAAAAUCAUUUAAAUUGGAUGAUAAUGAUCUUUCAAGUUCAGAAUCUGAAAAUGAUUUGGAAUCAGAAUCGGAAUCGGAAUUAGAAUCUAAUUUUGAGGAAGAUGAAGAUGAAGAUGAAGAUGAUGAUAUAUUUAAAAACUCAGAUGAUGAUGAAAAUAAUGAUGAUAAUAACGAAGUAUCUUUAAAACAGACCAUAAAAAAUUUGAAAGCAAGUCAAAACAAGUUUUUGGAAAAAUCAAAAAAAAAACUUGAAAAUAUAAAUACUUCAAAGGCUAAUGAUUUCAAUUUACUGUCAUCUAAUACUUUAUCUAUUUCUGAUAUGUUAUCAGCAAUUGAUUCUAAAACUGCUCUAAAUGAUGCUAUUCUUUUAAAAGACCAAAAGGAUAAACUCACUUCUCAGAAAAAAAACGAUGAUACAAAAACAUUGGAUAUACCAUUACCUUUAAGAAUAAAACAAAGAUUUGAAAGAAAUGCUGCCUUUGAGAUAACAAAAAAUGUAUUAGAUGAAUGGGAAAAGGAUCACCCUGAAGGAUUAGAUUUAUUGAAAAUUAAAAAACAAAAUGAAAUAAAAAUUACUCCUUCUACUUUUGCUCCUGUUAUUAAACCUGCAAAUGAUUUGGAGUCUAAAAUUAAAAACGUAUUAAAGAAAUCGUAUCUUGAAGAUGAUAAAAAGGCUUCUACUUUUGAACAAAUAGCAACCGCUAAAUUAUCUGUAAAUGACUUAAGAAAAAAGCAAAAUCAACUAAGGAUGAUGAGAGAAUUAAUGUUUAGGGAAGAAAUUAAAGCAAGGAGGUUAAAAAAAAUAAAAAGUAAAAAAUUCAGAAAGAUUAGAAAGAAAGACUUAUUAAAAAACAAAAGUUUAGUAGAAGAUCAAGAAAGUGACGAAGAAGAGGAUGAAAAUGACGCUCAUUUAAAGAGGGCUUCUUCAAGAAUGACGUUAAAACAUCAAAACAAUAAGUGGGCUAAAGAAAUGUCAAAAUUUGGAAUGUCAAAAGAUAGAGAAACUCGUAUGGAAAUCGAGGAAGCCGCUAAACGAAACCAAGAAUUAACAAAAAGAAUUCAAAAUCAAAAUAACCGUCAAAGUGAUUCUGAUAGUAAUCUUGAAGAUUCAGAAUCCGAAGAUGAGAAAGAAUUAGAAUCAAAAAGAAAAAAUCUCAGCAAAUCUGGAUUUCUUAAUAUGAAAUUUAUGAAAGAUGCAGAAAAAAAAUUGAAAAUGAAAAAUAAAGAGGACAUACAAAAAUUGCGAGAUUUGGAAAAUGGGUUAGAUAUCAAAGAAUUUGAUGAAGACAAAGUGGAAAAUGUAAAAGUUGCACUAAACAAUGGGAGAAGAAUAUACACUCCUUCAGCAUCCAAUGCUGGUAAGGAGGCUAAGUUACAGAAUCAAAAAAUUAGAGAAGAUGAAGAUAUUGAAAACUCCAAACUAUUGAGUAAUAGACUAUUAAACAAGAUUCAAAACCAAAAUAAAGAUACCAAAUCUAAAAUUAAAGAUACUAAAAACAAAGCCAAAAAAGAUGAAAAUAAAUCUAAUGAUAAUAAUAAUAAUAAUAAUAAUAAUAAUAAUAAUCAUAAUACGGAAAGUAAGAACCAGAAAAAAGUUUCCUUUGAUAAAAAAUCUGAAAAUAAAACCUUGGAAGCACUAUCUAAAAUUGAUAAAUCAGUGGAGUCCAAUCCAUGGCUUGCUGAUUUGGAUAGUAAAAAUACAAAAAGUAAUGUUUUGAAAUCCCAAAAAUUAACCAUUGUAGACAAAAAGUCCACAAAAGCUGCAAAGCAAAAUUAUAAACUUAAAAAGGCUACAGUUAAAAGUACAUCAAAAUCUAAUAAAAAAAGGAAAGAAAACGAAGUGUACAUUGAUGGUAAUGAAACUUUGUAUAUUGAUGAUGUAUAUGGUUCUGGAGAUGAUGAAUCUAAACAAAAAAUUGAAAACAAUAAGUUUAUGUUUAAAGAUAAAAAAUUGAUUGCAGAAGCAUUUGCCAGCGAUGAUGUUAUCAAAGAGUUUAAAAAAGAGAGGCAGCAGUUACUAAAAGAAGAGAGAAGGAAAAAUAAUCCAAAAAGCAGUAAAAUGGCAGUUCCAGGUUGGGGGUCAUGGGCUGGAGGGCCUGAAACUAAAAAACGAAAGAAAAAUAAUAAGCUGAAUCCAAAAUCUGUCAAAGCCUAA